CACACCAGCCACACGGUAAACAACUGGUGACCCACAUGCAGCUUUGUGCCUGACUCCAGUGCUUCAGCUCUUAGGCUCCACAAGCAACAAGUAACUAGCCCCUGGUCUCCCACAGAAAAAAUGCUGUUCAGCUCCUGCCUGCUCGGGAAAACACUGUUUUUUACAAGUUUAGCAGUCCUUUUUGGAGAUUUUACUGAUGUCAGAGCUUUUGCCAGUCCAAGUGAAUGCAAAAGUGCAACCGUAGACGAUGUGAAUCAGAGCCUUGAGAAAUACUCAAAAUGCUUUAAUGAAAUGAUUGCCAAAGGUGAAAAAGCUUCAGUCAAUUACCUUGUCUGGACCCUGCAAGAAAUACUUGAUCUCGUGCGCCCUGUCCAACAGAAAUUUUGCAAGCAGCUACCUCUCUGCCCACUCCCACUAGCCCCUAGAAACGGUGGGCUGGUGUGUGUCACCAUUGAAAACACACAGUACUGCAAACCCAUGUGCAACCAGGGUUAUGACUUUCAAUUCCUUAGAAGAAGUAAACUGUAUGAAGUAUGUGGCAACACCACUGGGUUUUCCUGGACAACACAGUUUGCUGGGGACAAGACACUGGCUGUUUGUAUCCCCUCUGAGGUGGCCAUCAGUGGAGCUAAAUCUGCCUAUUUCCCCGCCAACAGCACCUGUCUGCACACGCUAGCCUUCGCUGAAACUGAGAGAGAACAGCUAAACAUCUUCCUCAAAGAGCUCAGUGAGCAAGGCAUCAACAGCUCCAACCGUGACAAGGAGGCUGAUUGUAUCAGCUGUGGUUACUAGCAGCGAAAAGCUGGUGCCACGGACCAGCGGGCCAUUUGCAAUUUGGCAUGGGUAUUUCAACAAGAGAAGCGGAGCAGUGAAAUCAUGGCUAAGACAUGUAAACAUACAGCUUUUAUUUGGUUAAAGGACUAGAGAUCAUCGUCACAAUUUGACCUCAGCUCUUGGAUACAGAUAUAUAGGCUAAACGUGAUCACGUAGCUCUUGGCAGAGAUGUUUCAAAGAAAGAUCACUUCUAUGGCUUAAAUUUGUCUAGCUGGAAUUUAAUAAGAAUUAGAGAUGGUUAAUGGAUGUGGUCAUUAAACACAAUAAUUAUCAAAAAUCAUCUUCUGUCAGGCUUCAUCUUUACUGAGAAAGGGCCAUACUUUUAGUUGCUUUUACAGUUGCCAGUUAAUCACUAUUGUUGCUCUGAUGACCAUUAAAGCAAUGCAAGUCACAACA